CCGCGGCAGCGGGGGAAACUUGUGCCGGCGGCCAUGCCCCGGUGCGGAGCCUGGUGCUGAGCGGAGUCCCCGUGGACCGACCCGCGUCUGCGGUCGUCCGGGACCUCUCAAGCCCCCGCGCCCGGAGUUCGCCGCGCGCUGCAGACAAGAUGGCGCGGCCGGUCCGGGGAGCAUUCGGGGCCCCGCGCCGCUCGCCCUGUCCUCUUCUGUGGCUGCUGCUGCUGCUUCGGCUGGGGCCGGCGACGGCCGACCCGCGACCGCCCUGCGCUGCCGCCUGCACUUGCGCCGGGGACUCGCUGGACUGCGGCGGGCGCGGUUUAGUGGCGCUGCCCGGGGACCUGCCCGCCUGGACGCGGAGCCUAAACCUGAGUUAUAAUAAACUUUCUGAGAUUGACCCUGCUGGUUUUGAGGACUUGCCGAAUCUACAGGAAGUGUACCUCAAUAACAAUGAGCUGACAGCCGUGCCGUCGCUGGGUGCUGUUGCUUCUCACAUCGUCUCUCUCUUCCUGCAGCACAAUCAGAUCCGCAGCGUGGAGGGGAGUCAGCUGCAGGCUUACCUUUCCUUGGAGGUGCUGGACCUGAGCUCCAACAACAUCACGGAGAUCCGGAACACCUGCUUCCCGCACGGGCUGCGCCUAAAGGAGCUCAACCUGGCAAGCAACCGGAUUGGCACCCUGGAGUCGGGAGCAUUUGAUGGUCUGUCACGGUCGCUGGUAAUGCUUCGCCUGAGCAAAAACAGGAUCACGCAGCUUCCCAUGAAAGCAUUCAAGUUACCCAGGCUGACACAACUGGACCUGAAUAGGAAUCGCAUUCGGGUCAUCGAGGGCCUGACGUUCCAGGGGCUUGACAGUUUGGAGGUGCUAAAGCUCCAGCGAAACAACAUCAGCAAGCUCACGGAUGGGGCCUUCUGGGGACUGUCCAGGAUACACGUGCUGCACCUGGAGUACAACAGCCUGGCGGAGGUGAGCAGAGGCUGGCUGUACGGCCUCUCGGCCCUGCACCAGCUCCACCUGAGCGGCAACUCCAUCACCCGCAUCAACCGAGAAGGCUGGGGCUUCUGCCCAAAGCUGCACGAGCUGGUCUUGUCCUUCAAUAAUCUCACCCGGCUGGAUGAGGAGAGCCUGGCCGACCUGAGUAGCCUAAGCACGCUGCGUCUCAGCCACAACUCCAUCAGCCACAUCGCGGAAGGCGCCUUCAAGGGACUCAAACACCUGCGUGUUCUGGAUCUGGACCAUAACGAGAUUUCGGGCACGAUAGAGGACACCAGUGGCGCUUUCACGGGGCUCGACAGUCUCAGCAAGCUAACUCUGUUUGGAAACAAGAUCAAGUCCGUGGCUAAAAGAGCCUUCUCUGGGCUGGAAGGCUUGGAGCACCUGGACCUUGGAGAGAAUGCCAUCAGAUCUGUGCAGUCGGAUGCCUUCGCGAAGAUGAAGUAUCUCAGAGAGCUCCAUAUCAGCAGCGAUAGCUUCUUGUGUGACUGCCAGCUCAAGUGGCUGCCCCCGUGGUUGGUGGGCAGGACGCUGCAGGCCUUCGUGACAGCCACCUGUGCUCACCCAGAGUCGCUGAAGGGCCAGAGCAUUUUCUCUGUGCCACCGGAGAGUUUCGUGUGCGAUGACUUACCGAAGCCACAGAUCAUCACCCAGCCAGAGCCCACCAUGGCCGUCGUGGGCAAGGACAUCCGGUUCACGUGCUCAGCAGCCAGCAGCAGCAGCUCCCCCGUGACGUUUGCCUGGAAGAAGGACAAUGAGGUCCUGGCCAACGCCGACAUGGAGAACUUCGCGCACGCCCGUGCACAGGACGGGAAGGUGACGGAGUACACCACCGUCCUGCACCUGCGCCACGUCACCUUCGGACACGAGGGCCGCUAUCAGUGCGUCAUCACCAACCACUUCGGCUCUACCUACUCGCACAAGGCCCGGCUCAUCGUGAAUGUGUUGCCGUCCUUCACCAAAACGCCCCACGACAUAGCCAUCCGCACCGGCACCACGGCCCGCCUCGAGUGUGCUGCCACCGGCCACCCUAACCCCCAGAUCGCCUGGCAGAAGGACGGAGGCACGGACUUCCCCGCCGCUCGAGAGCGACGCAUGCACGUCAUGCCCGAUGACGACGUGUUUUUCAUCACGAAUGUGAAGAUCGAGGACAUGGGGGUUUACAGCUGCACCGCCCAGAACUCGGCCGGCACUGUUUCCGCCAACGCCACCCUGACAGUCUUUGAAACCCCGUCGUUGGUGGUGCCUCUGGAAGACCGCGUGGUGUCCAUGGGAGAAACGGUGGCGCUCCAGUGCAAGGCGACCGGGAACCCUACACCCCGCAUCACCUGGCUGAAGGGGGGCCGCCCCCUGAGCCUCACCGAGAGGCACCACUUCACGCCGGGCAACCAGCUGCUCAUCGUUCAGAACGUGGUGGUGGAGGACGCGGGCCAGUACACGUGCGAGAUCUCCAACACGCUGGGCACGGAGCGUGCGCACAGCCAGCUGAGCAUCCUGCCCGCGCCCGGCUGCAGGAAGGACGGCAGCACCGUGGGCAUCUUCACCAUCGCUGUGGUGUGCAGCAUCGUGCUGACGUCCCUGGUCUGGGUGUGCAUCAUCUACCAGACCAGGAGGAAGAGCGAGGAGUAUAGUGUCACCAACACAGAUGAAACCAUUGUGCCACCAGAUGUUCCAAGCUACCUCUCGUCUCAGGGGACCCUUUCUGACCGACAGGAAACUGUGAUCAGGCCUGAGGGUGGCCCUCAGGCCAACGGGCAUAUCGAGAGCAAUGGUGUUUGUCCAAGGGACGCCGGCCUCUUUUCAGAGGCGGACGCUCAUGGCAUUUCGUGCAGGCAGUCCAAGCUCUGUGUGGGCUGUACCAAGGAGCCCUGGAACGUGGUGGAGAAAGCCCAGCGGAGACCUGGUGCUCAGAAGAUGGAGCACAGUGGCCCCGUGGUGUGCGGUGACUGCAACACACACGUGGACGGUUACUCCAAGGAACAAGCUUUCUAUCCUCCGCCUGUGACCAGAGACAGUACACAGCCAGGGACACUAAGCAGCCAGGACCCCAGUCAGACGGACCGAGAACAUUCUCUGCCUCACCUGACCAGUGGGACUGCUGACGGGUCCCGCGCUGACUGCAGGGGGUCCCUCUACCCCAGUAACCACGACAGAAUGCUGACAUCCCUGAAGAAAAAGCCACUGGCACCUCCAGAUGGGAAAGGGGCCUCCUCUUGGACUUCAGCAAGGCUGUGUGAGCCAGACUCCACAGACCUCCAGCCUCCCUCGACGUUAACUCCAGGCAGUCCGGAGCUCACGGAAGCCGCCUCGGGCUUUCCUGAUGGCCCCAGUGAAGGCCAGCACUUGCUUCUUUCCAAUGGACACCUCCCCCAGGCGUGUGACUCCAGCCCCGAGGCCCCAGUGCUGACAGGACAGCUCCCUGGGAAACGGGGCGUGCCCCUGCUCUUUGCACCGAAAAUCUAGGCUUUGUCUACCUCAGCUCUUGUGUCGUCUCUACAGGAAAGAGAGGUAGGAGAGGCUGUAAGGAAGCUUGAGUUCAAGCGUCACUGAUGUGUACAGAGUUUUUAAACUUCCGUGUGGAGUGUCCGUGGUUUCAAGGACUUGCGGCCGCAGCGCAGACCCGCGAGAGGCUAUCGUGUACAAAAGCAGAAAAGUAUCUGGUACCCUUGUACAUAAGAGUUUUCAGAGAUUUCCUAUAUAUUAUAUAUCUUUUGCAGAGGCUAUUUUAAUCUUUAGUGCAUGGUUAACAGAAAAAAGAAAAACGUACAAUUUUGACAAUAUUAUUUUUCAUAUCAGGUUGCUGUUUAAUUUCGGAGGAGGGGCGGGGAAGAGUUCUGGUGCCUUAGUGCAUGGGUGCAAUUCAUAGAACCUAAAUCCCGGGAGUUGCUGGAGGGCGGGGAGGAGGGGAGGUCCUGGGGUCUGCACUACACUGCCCCGGACAGACCCCGGGGUCUGAGCCCGCCUUCGUGUGCGUUGGAAUUCACAUCCCGUCAGUAUUGCUCCUGUGCGGCCCCCCUGCCUGCCGUGCCCGGAGAUGCCCGUGUCGUCCUGUACCUCUGCCCUGCGGGACUUGUUCUCGUAAGUUUAAGUUCCUUGCCAAGCCGAAGGGGGGGGGUUGCUGAUCCACCACGAGCCUUUGUUCCAAACAAACAAUGGAGCACUGCCUUUCUUCCUUCUAGGAGAAAAGCACGUGGGGUGGUCGUAUCACUCGACUGUCCUCUGAGGCUCAUCUCACUGAGUUAGAGGCUGCUGGUGUUAGUACCUGUGGAUUUUUCAAUAGUGAUGUUUUAGUUCUGCCGAUACAAUAAUUCACGUGACAUCGAUCACGGGGGAGGAAAAGGAUGGAGUCCUUACUCUUCAGGGCUAGCUUCUCUCUACUGAGGAUCCAGAGCCUGUCUGUCCACGUCCUUCCCUCACACAGACAGACCCGGGCUGGGACUGUAAGAAGUCGAAGCCCCUGACCUGGGUGUAUUUGCACUUUCGAGACCUGUAGCUAACCAUCUUGUGAGUGCCAAUGUGUAUUUCAGGAAGAAUUACAUUGAAACAAGGUCCUUAAAAAUCUCAGAAAGCAAGUUCCUUUAGCCAAAAAGCUGAAGGUAGAGACUGACAAAAUGGUUGUUAAAAUCUUACUGCCCGGUGUCAUCGCUGUUCUAAAAGGUAAGCACAUUUAGAAUUGUGUUCUCAACAGUCAACUGAUUAAUGUUACUUCCACAAAAUAUGUGAAUUUGCUGCUUCUGAGAGGCAAUGUGAAAGAGGAAGUAUUACUUUUAUGUACAAAGUUAUUUAUUUAUAGAAAUUUUGGUACAAUGUACAUUGAAAAACAUGUAAAAUAUUGAAGUGUCUAACAAAUGGCGUUGAAGUGUCUUUAAUAAAGGUUCAUUUAUAAAUGUUGA